CUGCAAAGACUUGCGCCCAUAUAGUGUUGUUGAUAACGUAGACUUUAAAUACAUGGUCAACACACUUGAGCCACGCUACGUUACACCUACGCGCAAACACAUCACAGAAGUGGCCAUACCAAAUCUUUACGUGGAGGUUAAGACGGAGGUUUUGGAGUCCUUAAUGUCGGCGGAAAAAGUGGCGAUUACCUGCGAUGGCUGGACCUCCAGAGCGACUGACCCGUACGUAACAAUCACGUCUCAUUUUAUUUCAACUGAUUGGGUCCUUGUGUCGAAUAUCCUGCAGACCAGAGCGCUCUUUGAAAGCCACUCAGGGAACAAUAUUGCUAAAUUGCUCACCAAGUCAAUGAAUGAAUGGGGCUUGAAUGACAAAGUGUCAGCAAUUGUAACUGAUAACGCAGCUAACAUGCUACGAGCGGUUGGACUGACAGGAAUAUUGCACAUUGGCUGUUUUGCACAUGUCCUAAACUUGGCAUUACAGGCCACUCUCAAGUUGCCUGCAGUAUCAAGGCUUCUAGGAAGAGUGAGGCGGAUCUCUGCAUUUUUCCACCGGAGCACCAUAGCUAGCCACGAACUAAAAAAAAACAGAAACUGCUGGACCUGCCACAGCACAAGUUACUGACCGAUGUUCCAACGCGUUGGAAUAGUGCAUUUGACAUGGCGGAAAGGUUUUUAGAACAGCAAGCUGCUAUCUCUGCUGCACUACUUGCCCCUGAGAUAAGAAAACAAGAGAAAGAUCUGAGCUCCCUUACAGAGGCAGACAUAACAGCAGCAGAGGCUGUUGCAUUGGCUCUGAAGCCACUGAAGAAAGCAACUUUAGUCAUUUCUCAAGAAGGAACCCCAACUCUCUCGGUCAUCGCACCUCUGAGAGCAAAACUUCUGGAAGAGAUGCAUCCAGCCCAGAGUGAUCCUGUGAUGGUGAAGGAGAUGAAAUCUGCUGUGCAUCAGGAUCUCCAGAAAAGGUACACAGGCUUAAAGGAACAACUUUACUUAGCUUCUUCCCUGGACCCAUGUUUUAAGUCCCUGCCUUUUUUGACUGAUGAUGAGCGUGAGGAAGUCUUCACCCAACUCACUGAUAACACUAAGACACUGGCAACGGAAAAAAGCUCAAGUGGACCAAUAAAUGCAGAGGCCAAUGAAGCAGAACCAGCUGAGGACUCUGGACCCCCAUCCAAGAAGAAAAGAGACUCUUGCGCAUUGGCAGAUCUCCUUGGGGAGACAUAUACUCCAGAAGCGGACUCCAUAAAAACAACAGAUGAUGCAGUAGAUGAGGUGAUGAAGUACAAAGAGGUAAAACCAGUUCCACUCAGCACUAAUCCACUUAGCUGGUGGAAGGAGCAUGAGGUGGAAUUCCCUCUUUUGUCAUGCCAAGCUAAGCAAUACCUCUGUAUUCCUGGUAGUAGUGUACCAGCUGAGAGUCUUCUCAACUGCUGGUGACAUUGUCCCUGCCCAGAGAAGUGCACUGACGCCUGAGCAUGUAGACCAGCUGCUGUUUUUGAACAAAAACCUGCAUGUGCACUAGUUAGAUAACAAAUGCUUCAGAGUUAAGUUAACUGGAGUUAACUCAGUUAAC